AUGAAGGAGGUGUUCGAAAGUUGUCAGGCAUUCAGGAUUAAGUCCCAGGCGCUGCACGAGGUGAUGCUGCAGAUCCACGACAAGCUGGCAGAACUGGAAGGCGACGAGUUCCAGCCGCUGGCAGCGCACUGCUACCACUGUGGCCAGAAGCCCUCGGAUUUCCUGGUGCUGGAGGACCUGGCAGCAGCUGGGUUCAGGAUGGCCAAGGCAGGCCGUCCGCUGGACUAUGAGCACUGUGCGGCUGUGCUGAGGGCAUACGCCAGGCUGCACGCCGCUUCAGCGUUUCUGCUCACCACACAGCCACAUUACAAGAACACUUUCUAUAACAAUAUGUUUACCAAUCGAACCGCCCAGAAGCAUUUCAGAUCGUUGGCUUCUAACGUAAUGUGCGCCCUAGCGAAUGAGUUGGAAAAGUGCCCUGGCUACGAGGAAUACUCCCAGAAGUAUAGGGAGUUUAUUGAACGACGUCUCGAUACAGCAUACAGAAUGUUAGAGGAGAACAAAAACCAAACAAAGUUACCUGUAUUGACGCACGGCGACUGCUGGAAGAACAAUAUGAUGUUUAAGUAUCUGGACGGAGAAGUAACAGAGGUCCGACUUCUCGAUUUUCAGGCAGCAAACGUGACCAGCCCGGCUACGGACCUGCAGUACUUCCUGUACUCGAACGCCAGUGAGGGGGACCACCUCCACCGUUUGGGCGACCUGUUGCGCCUCUACCACGACAUGUUGGUGGGCCUGUUGCGUCGUCUGGGCAUUGAGCAGGCCGCGCACGUGUACACCGUGGAGGAACUCCAGCGGGACAUGGACCGCUGUUUGGCUGCAGCCGUUGUCCUCAGCGCCACGAGUGGCUUCGUUCUGACUUCGGAGAAGUACAGCGCAGAAUACGCACGGGCUUUCAACGACGUAGAAAAUUCAGAGCAGGCUCUUGCGAAGACCUUUGAUAAUCCAUAUUCUUUGUCGCGAGGAGUGGCAGGCACAGCCGGGGAGACGAGGGCCGGCGAGCGCCGGAAGAGCAUUGUGCAGGGGCCGGGGGUCCCAGGGGAUGGGGCCACUGACCGGCAAGCACCAAAAAGAACACCGCCGGGUGCCAGGUGA